UCCAGCGGCCCAAUGACAUCAGCGGAACCAAUCAUGCACUCGCGAAGCUGAAUGGAGGGAGAGUUGUCGGUUUUCACCGGGAUUUGGUGCCUUGUAACGGCCUUUGAGUGGAGGAAAACACACAGCCGGGUGGUUUGAUACGAGGACGGAGAGGAGGAGCACCGACAUGUCCGCGGAAGCAGCUGCUAAAACGGAGCCUCCUAUUGGCCAGCGGGAGGAAGAGGGCGGGGCCCACUCUGUCAAAGUUCAGACGGAACAGACCAAUCAGGAGGAUGGGAACGGCAGAGUGAGCCGGGUCAUCAGGAUCGGGACCCGGAAGAGCCAGCUGGCUCGGAUCCAGACGGACAGCGUGGCCGAGAAGCUGAAGGGGCUGUACCCAGACGUCCACCUGGAGAUCGUUGCCAUGUCGACGAUUGGAGAUAAGAUCCUGGACACGGCGCUGUCAAAGAUCGGGGAGAAGAGUCUGUUCACCAAGGAGCUGGAGAACGCCCUGGAGAGGAACGAGGUCGACCUGGUGGUCCACUCCCUCAAAGACCUCCCCACCACGCUGCCCCCAGGGUUCACCAUCGGAGCCGUGCUCAAGAGGGAGAACCCCCAUGAUGCAGUGGUGCUGCACCCCAGCCACGCAGGCAAGACCCUGGACACCCUCCCAGACUGCAGCGUGAUCGGCACCAGCUCGCUGCGCCGGGCCGCUCAGCUCAAGAGGAGGUUCCCCCACCUGACGUUCAAGGACAUCAGGGGGAACCUGAACACUCGGCUCAAGAAGCUGGAUGAGAAGCAGGACUUUGCCGCCAUCAUCCUGGCGGCGGCCGGGCUGAAGAGGAUGGGCUGGGAGAACCGGAUCAGCGCGAUCCUGGGACCGGAGGACUGCAUGUACGCCGUGGGACAGGGGGCUCUGGCGGUGGAGUGUCGGUCCAGAGAUGUAGACAUCCUGGAGAUGGUGUCGGUGCUCCACGACCCCGACACGGUGCUGCGCUGCAUCGCUGAGAGAGCCUUCCUCCGACACCUGGAAGGGGGCUGCAGCGUACCGGUGGCCGUCUACACCCAGAUCAAAGACGGCCAGCUCUACAUGACGGGAGCCGUGUACAGUCUGGAUGGAUCCGACAGUCUGAAGGAGACCAUGCAGACCAGCACGGCCGCCGGUGACCCGAGCCCGGAGAAGGUGGACGAGCAGGUCCAGCGGGUCGGGGUCACGGCCACCAAAGUCCCGGCCGACGCCCAGGACCGGGCCGAGCGGCUGGGCCUCGGCCUGGCCGAGCUGCUGCUGAGUAAAGGAGCCAAGGAGAUCCUGACGGUGGCCCGGCAGCUCAACGACGCCAGAUAAUCCCCCGGGCCGGGCCCAGGGGGGCGGGGCUACUGGUGCUGGUUCUGACCCAGUCACAGAGCCUCCUGGAGUUACCUCAGAGCGACGGUCCGACAGCACUGUUACUUGUUUUUAAUCAUCUCUUGAAAAGCACUAAAACUGCAGAUGAAUGUGUUCUGUUCAUGUCAUCGUUGAGCUGGAAGUUCUGGUCGUGUUCUUGUACCGGUGGACAAACCGGCCCGGAUGCUGCCGUGACGUCUCCAUCGUGUCCAAGUCAAACAUACACGACUUCUGCUCCAAUCAUCUGCCCUCCUUCAGAUCACUGGGCGUUAAAGCCAGUGUAUGUAGCAUUGCCCCGUCUGACCACAGGGGGCAGCGUGUCCUACCGGGACACACAGCUAUUACUACAUACACUGGCUUUAAAGGAAACCCACAGUUAGAUUUUAUAUGAUUUCACUUUUGUUUUCUUAAUAAAAGCUUCUGUACUUGCUCUACUUCAGCAAGUGGGAGGCUUUUUGGUCCUAAAACCAGUUAAUCACAACUAUAAAACCCAGAAGGAGGACCUCCAGCAGAAGCUCUCAGAUGUUUUUAGUGCCAUCAGAGUUCUGCUCCUGCUGAAUGAGCUGCCUCCCGGACCAGCACCAGUCGUGUGCCGGGUCUGGGCUUCUUUUCUGUUGGACAUGUUUUCCAGCUUUAAUUUCUGUACAAAUGAACCAUGAAUAUUUAUCUGUACUUGAGUUUUUCUUCUGCAUACAUGGACGUGGUGUUACAUGAACUCUGUCAUGGUCAGAUACAUUUUAAAUAAAGAUCAUUUGUGGA